AUGAGAUGGUUCCAGCUUGGUCACAUCGGGUCAGGGUCAUUUGGGGCUGUCCACGGGCGCAUUGAUGUUGACACGGGAAAGCUCCUCGCGGUCAAGGUAUUGAACUUGAAGCGACCUGAAGGUCCCUAUAUGGGAAAAGAGUGGAACUUAGCAUCAUAUCUUGCGAAGAAGCGCGAGUGUGAGGCCUUGUCUCAUAUUAAUCACCCUCAUAUUGUUGACUACAUCGCUUCAAAAGGCUGGGAGGGACCAUGUCCAAUUCCCGAAAUAUUCAUGGCACACAAAGACAGGAAUUUCAUCUCAUUAAUAUAUGGCGGUGGAUCCGUUUUGCCGAUCGAAGAUCUUGCCCACGAUGUCUUUUUCCAGAUGCUUCAGGCAUUGGACUGUCUUGCAGCAAAUAACUCAAUCCACAGGAAUGUGAAGCCAGAGAACAUACUUUGCACCCAGCUUCCAGAUGGGCGAUACCAUUUUGAACUUGGCGACUUCGGUAUAUGCAAUAAUGCAGCAAAUGCAGUAACACCGUUUGGAUCACCACUGUUUCAGGCCCCGGAAGUUGGCAAACAUGAACCUGUUGAACUUCAAACACACAAAGUCGACGUCUGGUCGCUAUUUGUGACAAUGCUUUGGACCUUAAAUAUCAAUGGAUUUCGAACCAUACACGAGCAGAAUUUAAUCUGGGACCCUCGGCAAGCCGUUCUGGGGGCGGCACCGGGCCUUCCUCAACUUUGGGAGAUGUCGAUAGUCGAGCCAUUGGAACGUGCCUCCGCAGCACAAAUGCUCAUUAAAUGCUUCAACGGAAAAGGCCUUGUCAGUGACCCCGCCUCUAUUCCAUCCAUUACUCAGGAAAGAAUGGAGUUCAUGAUACAGACUUCCCCACCUAUGCCCCCGUCCCGAACUUUCGCUCAAGCUAUGACCCGGCCUAUGAGGCCCUUCCCUCAAUCUCCUCCACAGCCAAAUGGAGGAAGAACAAAGGGUUCAAGACAAAUUGAGCCAUUCCGUGUUGACAGAAUUAAUUAG